AAUGACGAAAUGAAAUAUUCAUUUUUUAUUCAUAAAUUAAAAAAUUUAUUAAGAUAUUAUAAUAAUAAUAAUUAUAAAUGAAUAGAUGUCUAUAAGAAGAGGAGGAAUCAAACAAUUAAACAUAGGAUGGAUAUAAUAAUUAAAUAUUAUUACCAUCAGUAGGUUUUUCAUGUAAAACAACUUUCUCAAUUGAAAAUACAAGAUUCAAUUCUUCCCUUUAGGUUUAGCCUGAUAAAUUUUAAUCAAAAAGCAAAUCUAAAUAAGAAAUGAUAACUUUCGAAAAAAAGUUAAAGAUUUAAAAAAAUAUUCAUAAAAAACUUAAAAAAAAUCACAAAACCUAAAAAGUCUUAAAUAUCAUUUUAGAUGAGAUUCAAAAUCUUGAAACCUAAGUUCAUUUAGAUAUUUCUUUUAAUAAAAUUUAAUAUGUCUAAAAAUUCAAGGUGUUGAUCAAAAAUCUAGAAAAUACGCUAGAGAAUCUGAAACAAGAACUGUUGGUUAAGGUUUAUUAAUAAGAUAUACAUGGAACAAGUCAAUGA